AUGGGAAAUAUGAAGUCGGCCGACGACGUCCUUCUCGAGACCGAGCCUCCGCCCUCCCGGCCGCUCCCGCCCGCCCGCUCCGGCCGGGGCGCCACCUCCACCGCCGCCACCGCCGCGCUCGCUUCCCCGACGGCUCGAAGCCGCUCGGGAGGAUCCGGCUCAAGAGGGAGCUCCGCGGCGGCGCCGGAGGCUCGCGGGGAGAUCGUCACCGAGAUUCGGCGAGCUCGGCUCUACGUGCGGCGCCGGCACACGUUCUGGCAGCUAUUCCCGAAGCUGCACCACGAGAUCAAUCGGAAGCUGGAGGAUGCUCUGCGGUCGAACAAGACGAGGGAGGUGAGGGAGUUCCAAAGGAGCUUGAGCGUGGGAUCAUCCCGGCUGCCCGACAGGGACGGAGGGGUAGGGGACGAGCCGGCGUUGAGGCUCAAUAGGUUCAAGGUGCGAACGGUUGACUUGGAAGACGACGUUGUUGAGAGCGGCGGCAGUGGCGGUCAACAGGGCGGUCAAGGUGGUAAGGGCGGCACAGCCUCCGCCAACAGCGGCAGUAAUGGUGGCGGCCAACAGGGCGGUCAAGGCGGUAAGGGCAGCACAGCCUCCGCCAACAGCGGCGGUGGCGGCACAAAGAAUGGAGGCACAUGA